GACCUUCCAAAAAAACGGGGUGCCUUCCCCCGCCGCUAGUCUUGAGGCCACCACCUCUCCGCGGGGGAAGUCUUCGGAUUCUGGUGAACCAUCAAUAGCUGAGGACAUAAAUUAUUCGUCAAAGGAAGAAGAGUAUUUUUGUGAAACAGCAGUUCCUGAUUCCUCUGCAAGAGAAAAAUGUCCUAAAGACCUCAAUACAGUGUCGGAAAACUUUAACUGUAACUCCGAAUCUUUCAAAGGCAGACAGAACUCAAAUCAGCAAAUGAAUGAUACCGCAGAAACUGAGGUGCAUUCGAAUCCAUCUGAUGUAUUUGCGGAAAGAAAACACAAUCUUCUCGAAGAUUUUACUAAGAAAAUUCAAUCUUCCAAUGAUAAAAAUUCCAUGAAUGAUACUUCUGUUCUCACUUUGGGAAAUGGCACUGAUAAUAGGGUGGAAAAUAGAAACAGCAAUCAAAACACAUCCAUUACUUGUACUAUUAUUACAAAUCAUGAACAACUAAAUCGAAAAAACAAUAGUGAGUCCCAAGAACUGUUUCACAACACCGUAAACGUCAGUAAUUCAAAGGGUUCUGAAAUCCAAUCGUCAGAUGAAGAAGACAUUCCUGUACCAGAUGUUGAAGGACCUUUGUACAGUAACCUGCUCUAUGUUCCACGAAAGUCUCCAUCUCCUCCACCGUUACCUAACACUUUACCUCCUCUUCCUCCAAAAAGAAUGACAUCAACGCUCAGCAUCCCAAUUAGAACAAAAGAACCGAAGUUGGAAGGAUUGUACGACGUUGUUCCUCUCCCCCGUACGAACGAUGACAAUAGAACCAUCUACGAGUCUCGAAGGUAUAGCGACACCGGAGCCACUGUGGUUACCAUCUCUAGUGGUAUUGUUGAUGAACCUAUUUAUGCUUCAGUUGGUGGAGAGGCUAUUUAUGAGGAGUUGCCGGAAUGGAGAGGGUCCUCAAUGGAUUUAUCUGUUUCGAUGAAUCCGUUUGGUGUUCACCGUCGUUCUUUCUUUGAAGGCGCAUCGAAAGCUGAAAUUCUCAAGUUCCUAGAAGUUGCUAAGGAAAGAGUGGUCGACAAUUUAGAGGACGACAUUUUGGAUGAAGAUGAAGAUGAAAUUUCCCAAACGAAGAAUGUGCGGAACAAUCCUAUUCGAAUUAGCAGCAUCAGUAGCUCCAGUGAUUCAAGUACAAUCAGCAGCAACAGCAGCACUAGUCGAUCUGGCAACAGUAGCGAUGAAAACACUCCAGUCAAAGCAAAUAGACCGUUCGGAACUGUUGAAAUAGAAAGAACCGAUAGUGGUGUUGGAAGCGAAACUGGGAAACCGAUAGUGGCACGUAGACAUCACCGAUCGGAUGCCGUGGAGGAAUUGUGCGCAGACUGUGAUGAACAAAUGGAGGAAAACGGCAACUCCGACAAUAGUCACUGCUGCCCUCUAGUGUGCAAGAAGUGCGAUAAAAAAAGAUCUGAAAGGAAAGAGAUUGUCACAGAGAUCGUCGAGACGGAAUUCAAAUACGGCAAAGAUCUUGAAAUAAUUAGAGAGGAGUUCAAAACACCGAUGGAAGUUGCUGGUUUGCUAACAAAGGAGCAGUUGGCUGGAGUUUUCCUUAAUUUAGAUGAACUAAUUUUGGUAAAUGAAAAUUUUUCAGAAAAAUUGAAAGAUGCUGUGGACAUUGCCGUCGAACAAGGAGAUGAGGAUUAUACGACAGUCAAUAUUGGUAAACUAUUUCUGGAAACAACAACAAUGCUCCAAGCUUUCGAAGUUUAUUGCAUACGACAAGGAUCAGCGUCAGUUCUUUUGACAAAUCUAGAAAAGGAAAAAGAACUUCUCCGCAUUUUCUUAAAGGUUUCUCAAAUGGAAAACUCGCUGUUGAGAAGAAUGAAUCUCUCUGCCUUUCUCAUGGUACCCGUACAACGAGUCACGAAAUAUCCGUUGCUGCUGAACAGGUUGUACAAAGUAACUCCAUAUCAUCAUAAAGAUCGGGAAGCAUUAAGAGAAGCCCAGUUGAAAAUAGAACUACAUUUAGAGCAGAUCAAUCAGCAAACUAAAGGCAUCACUGGAACUAAAAUCUGGAGGAGAAUAUCAAAUAUUUCUGCAACACAUAGGAGGUCUGUCAACGUAUCUGAAAUCGGAAGCAUACAGUUACGGAAAAUGGCGAUAGAAGUCCUGGGGUGGAGUAAAGAAGACAUACGAUUUGCAAUGGCUGGGAAACUGUCUUUCAGUGGCGCCGUUGAAGUUGGAAAAUCAACACGGAGAGGUCGUGGAGCCGUUCGAUUUACUUCUACUCACGCCCUUUUGGCCACGAAGGGCAGACCUAAUGGCCAGUAUCGUCCAGAUUUGGCAAGGGAAGACGCCGUUUUGUUUCCCAGAGACACAGGUAUAGAGGACGCUACCCUGCUUCUGGUCAAGGAAAAGGGAGGCAAAUAUAGUCUUGCCAGGGAUCCUCUACACUUGGGAUUUUGCGUCAUUAGUUCUGAACUGGAAGAUGAAGAUAUCAUUGAAAUCCAGGAAUAUACCACCAAAGAGUCCGUAUUUCUGAAGGCUGAAUGCAAGACGGACACGACGGAAUGGCUGAAACAGCUAAAAUAUCAUGCAAAAGACUUGGGCACUUGGAAAAGAAGGCGGAAUGCUUUGGCAAACAUCAUGAUCAAUGGCAUGAUCCAUCAUCAUCGUCACUUAUGAGUCAAAAACCUUGACCCUAAGUACAUCAAUUGUAGGGAAAAGCUCUUCAUUUAUAUUUAAAUACCUUGCUUGCAUUCUAUGACUUUUCAAAGAAACAUUGUUAGCAAUCGUGACUUAACAUGUUAUGUAAGCGCUUUGAUAUUUGUUCUAGCAUUGCAAAUGUAUGGAAUCUAUAUUUGUUUCAAUAUUAAAAAUCUUCCAAUCAUUUUUUUUACAACUGA